UUCGUGUGUUCUGUGCAGGUAAUAUUUAGUUUUCGAUAUGGAAAUUGAUAACGAAAAAUUGAUUAGUGCCGUUCGUGAAAAGCCUCCGUUGUGGAACAUGAAAGACAAAAGGUAUUAUUCUCGUGAUGUUCAGAGGAAAUUGUGGUCGAAAGUUGCAGACGAAGUAGGUGUUACUAAUAAUGUGAACGAAGUAAAGAAAAAGUGGAAAGGACUGCGCGAUGUAUUUAGAAGAGAAUAUAAAAAAGUCCAUAAAUCAGGAGAUGAGACGCCGGAGGAAGGUUCCUCUUCAUGGACUUUCUUCGACCAGAUGCUGUUUCGCUCAUAAUUGAGCCACGACAGCUGAAGGGAAAUGUUGUCUCGCCAGAAAGAACAUUUUCUCGAAAUAAUGACGGAGACGAUAUUGCCGAUGAAGAUGAUUUGCCUGAUAUGGAAUCACCACAAGCAGUUGUCACUGACAAAGGAGAACUCAAUAUGUCAUCGAGCGAAACCAGUAAGAUGGAACCCCCAGUACCUGCAAGCAAUCAUCGCGUAGAAAACAGCAUGAUACACAACCAGGUAAUGCUGACGUUCGUCCUGCUGGUCCUCCAAUAACACCUAGAACUAGCAAUCGUAAACGUAAAAAAAUACACCAGC